AUGGCGGCGGCGGCAGCGAAGGCAGAGGCAGCAGCAUCGCAGCCACGCGCGCCCAUGCCCAUGCGCGCCGACGUCGUCAGGGGCUUGCUCCUCGGGCUCCCGCCGGAUGCCCGCGCGGAGGACAUCGAGUACGUGCUGGACGACGUGCAGCGGACGCUGUCCCGUCUGGCCUCCAGGCGCAAAACCCUCCAGGACCAGAUCGCCGCGGCGUCCCGUGGCAAGCGGCGCACUCCACGGAGGGCGCCGCCGCCGGCCGCUCCUGUUCCUGUCGUCGGCGUGCCGGUUCCUGCGGCAGACGAUGAUCCCGGCGCGAGGUACACGUACACCAGGGAGGGCGCCGGCGCCGUCCGGAGGAGGCUGCGGGCCAAUGCCAGCGACGUCAAGAAGGAGCGGAAGCGGUUGGAGGCCGUGUUGGGCGACCUGGAGGAGGCGCUCGUGGACGCCAGGGAGAGGCUUGCCCUGCAGCCCGGAGAACGAACCGCCUAG